UCUCUUGUUACGAGGAAAAUACAAAUAAAUGAACCUUUCAGAAUCCCUCUUUGUUGUCGUUGCUUGAGGGAAUCAACUAGAUGCCUUCCCACAUCUCCAAUCAAGGCGGAAAACAUUGCUGAAGAACCUUUGGGAAUCCAUCUUUGCUUCGUAGUUUAAGUUAGUUAGUUUGUUAUUAUUUUUAUACUUCCAGUGACGGAGGAAUAUUAACUUACGAACUUUGAUAAACCCGGGCUCAGGACUGUGGCAAUUGUGGGGUUGUUCGCGAGCAAGUCAGUCAGAUUAGAGGCAGUGCGGCCCGCUAGUGCGGUGGCAAGGAGUGUGGCAGCAGCAGCAGUGGCAACAGUAGUACCACCUGUAGCAACAUUAUCAACAGCAAUACCAACGGCAGUAACAGAAGCAACAGCAGCAAUAUUAACAGAACCAACACGCACCAGGUUGUGACGACAAUACUACUGCCGCUAAAGUGUUUACAAGGUUACAAAAAACAACAUAUGAUUUAAGACUAUACACAAUGAUAGAAAAUAGUGUAAAUGAUAAAUAAAAAAAUAAAGACAGUGUACGUCUUAUCUUGAACAACAAAAACACUCAGAAAUAUUCAAAUAAAUAUAAAUAUUUGAGAGCGAGAACACGACGUUUGUAAUUCCACAUUUUGGGCAAUUUUCUGGACACGGGCUUUAGGUGAAACCCUCAAUCGUGUUACCAAAUAGUGUGAAAGUUAUCAGACACGACGGGAAGACAGUGAUAAGAUUGAAAUUGACAAGAAUUAACUGCAGACUCAGACAAAACGAGAAUUGGUCCAAGAUGUUACACCCAGACAUAUCGGGGGUGACAGCUGGCGCGAGCACAACACAUUUUCAAGAGACUUUACCUCUGACCUCUGGUGACCUCCUCCUGAAGGAGCUGAGGCAGCAACUGGGCGUCUAUACCAACACUUACCUCCAGGGAUACACCAACAUGACGGAGGCGUUGAAGGACUUCCUGAAGAAUACUGCCGGGCUAAACCAGCAGGAGGACUCAUCUACAGGGAGCGUGGGGUUAAGGAGGCGGCGUCAGGUGGGGAUAUCGCCUGACCUGUUGGCACUACAGGGCGGCUACUCCAGCUUCUUCGGCAGCCACGCCAACAGGAGGACCACUAGCGCCAAGAAGAAGAACAGAAAGAACAGGCAGGAGCAGGAGGAGCUACCGGUGGUGCUGGUGCCGGAGGAGGACCAGGCUGAGUGCGUCUCCAGCAACCAGCUCUCCUCCUUCGGUUUCCUGGGCUUUGUGCUCAACGUGGUCAACGCCGUCAUCAACGUCGCCAACAACAUCAACAACAACGACAACAGCAACAACGACAACAACAAUAAUAACAACAACAACGACCUCAACACCAACCAGGUCCAGGGAUCACAGACUGCCACCAACACUAACACAGCCAUGGCCACGGCCGGGCGUCGCCUCUCCCGGCUCAAGAUGAUGAGAGAUUCUGUCGAUCGUCAUAUGCGCCGCAUCCAAAACUACAGGAACCGCAGCCGCAGGUCUUCCUCGGGAUCAUCAUCUUCAUCUUCCUGCGGCAGCCAUGACAAGGACGUGGUGGACGAGGCGCUGCUUGCGGCCGUCGCUCUGAUGGACAUGUGGAAAGAAGUGCUGUUUGAGGACGACCCCGUGUGUAUGGCGGCCGAGGUGUGUAACACUGCAGUCAAGCUGCGGCAAGUGUCGCGGUUAGCGGGCAUGAUGGGUCAGGUCGGUGCCGUAGCCGCAGCCAACAUGCUCGUCAAUUUCCAGGGCGUCAACCCGGAGUAUCUGGUGCUGGCUGCUGAGGGAGGUGCAGAUGGAGUGGACUGCUGGCAGAAGUACCGCGCCUGUGGCCACCACCACCGCCGUCAGUAGCCACUUCUUACUCAGCUGCAGCCUAAAGAGGAAGAAGUAAGAGCGAGAAUGUGAGAGGACAACACGACUAAGAAAAACCAGCAACUGGUCCCCCAAAUUCCUUCGAGAUUGUUGUCGUUGUUGUUGUUGCCACAGUUGUUAUGUAAAACUUGAUCUUCUACAAAAUACAGAAUCUACAAUA